UUUUUCUUACACAAGUGGGAUUUUAAUAGAAGUACUUGGAUCUCACUUAUUGCAUUUGAGAAGAUAGAACAAAAAAAAGGGAGAGAAGGAGGUCAAGAAAUGGAGAACAGAGCAGAGAAGAGAAGGAUUGUGUUAGUUCCAGUAGCUGCACAAGGACAUGUAACUCCAAUGAUGCAACUUGGGGUAGCCCUUCAGUUAAAAGGCUUCUCAAUUACAGUUGCUAAAAGACAGUUCAAGCAAAUAAGCUCUUCAUUACAACAUGUUCCUGGUUUUGACUUUGUCACCAUACCAGAAAGCUCAGAUAUGUCUGAAUUUAAAGGACUAGGACCAGCCGAGUUUCUGAUGAAGCUUAACAAAACCAACGAGGCAAGUUUCAAGGAGUGUAUAAGUCAGUUAUUGCUGCAACAAGGCAAUGAUAUCGCAUGUAUCAUCUAUGACAAGCUUAUGUACUUUUGUGAAGCUGCAGCUAAAGAGUUCAAGCUUCCUAGUAUCAUCUUCAGUACUAGCAGUGCUACAAUUCAAGUUUGCUACUGUGUCUUAAGUAAACUUGAGGCUGAGAAGUUCUUGAUUGACAUGAAAGAUCCUGAAAUGCAAGACAAGGUGUUGGAAGGUUUGCAUCCUUUAAGAUACAAAGACCUACCAACUUCAGGAUUUGGGCCAUUAGAGCCACUUUUGGAGAUGUGUAGGGAAGUAGUUAACACAAGAACAGCUUCCGCUAUUAUCAUCAACACAGCAAAUUCUCUAGAGAGCUCGUCUCUGUCUUGGCUGCAACAAGAACUCGGAAUUACAGUGUAUCCGUUAGGCCCUCUUCAUAUUACAGCUUCAUUGCCGGGACCAAGUUUACUGCAAGAGGACAGGAGCUGCGUUGAAUGGCUUAACAAGCAAACACCAAGAUCAGUCAUAUACAUAAGUUUGGGAAGCAAAGCUCACAUGGAAACCAAAGAGAUGUUAGAGAUGGCUUGGGGAUUGUCGAAUAGCAAACAACCUUUCUUAUGGGUAAUCCGACCAGGUUCUAUCCUUGGCUCCGACGGGAUAGAGUCAUUGCCAGAGGAGAUUAGUAAGAUGGUUUUAGAAAGAGGAUACAUAGUGAAAUGGGCACCGCAGAUAGAAGUACUUGCCCAUCCUGCAGUGGGAGGCUUCUGGAGCCACUGUGGAUGGAACUCAACACUCGAGAGCAUCGUGGAAGGAGUCCCAAUGAUUUGCAGACCAUUACAAGGCGAACAGAAGUUAAAUGCUAUGUAUAUAGAAAGUGUUUGGAGAAUAGGGAUUCAACUUGAAGGUGAAGUGGAAAGAGGAUGUGUAGAGAGAUCUGUGAAGAGAUUGAUCAUGGAGGAAGAAGGUGCAGGCAUGAGGGAGAGAGCCCUUGUUUUAAAAGAGAAGCUCAAAGCCACAGUGACAAGUGCAGGCUCAUCAUAUAACGCAUUGAAUGAGCUUGUCAAGGACUUGAAAACACAGUGAAACUAUUACACAAUUCAUGUAUUUAUUUUCAAGCUUGUUGUUCUUUCUUACCUAGCUAGGUCUUUGAAAAUUCGAAUAAACAUGUCACAAAAAAACGUAUCUGCAUUAUGUUGUUAUACCAGUCUCCAAAACCA